AGCAAGCGCAACUGCCGUACAAUGUAGAUGGCGGCAAUGUAUCGUUUCGCAGACGCUCGCAUCAUGUUGUUUCACAAUUAGGACCAUGGCGCAGCUAGGUGCCCAUGCUAAUGGGCGCUGCGCUCGGCGCUGCUUUCAGGCCUCCCGACCAUACCCAGUUCAUUUCCAUCCCCACCCAACGACCCAUAUCCACCGACAACUCGCUUCUUCCUACGUUGAACCUAUUAAACACCAAUCUGAUUUUUCACCACUGCUCGCUGCGCACGAGCCUCGAAAAGCAAUGAUGCGAACUUCUGCAGCGGCUUCCCCCGACGCUGCACCAGCUGAGGCCGCGAGCGAGCCGUCUUACAUCUGUACCAGCGUUACAGCAACGACGGUGGAUGCUUUCCUCGCGGAGAUUCAGGAGGCGGCUGCCAGCGGUGUGGACAUCAUCGAACUGCGCCUGGAUUUCCUCACGGAUUUUGACCCCGAGAAGCACCUGCAGCUCAUCAUGAGCUCUUGUCCCCUGCCGUACAUCGUCACCUAUAGGCCUGUGUGGGAAGGUGGCAAGUACGACGGACCGGAGCCGGAGCGCCUUGCCGUACUCAAGAUGGCGGCACUGAUGGGGGCGCCGUACAUCGACGUGGAGUUCAAAGCCUCGCCGUACUUCUUCGCAGACCGUCACGAGGUGCCCCUCUCCACGCGCGUCAUCCUCUCCUACCACGACUUCCAGCAGACCCCCUCCGCCGCCACCUUGUCGCAGCUGGCGGCCGCCAUGAGGGCGGGCGGGGCGGACAUCGUGAAGCUGGCGGCCAUGGCCAAUGAUGUGGGUGAUGCGGUGCGCAUGCUGGACCUGCUGAGGAAGAAGGAUGGCCCCAUGAUCGCGCUCUCCAUGGGCGAGAAGGGUCAGAUUGUACGGCUGCUCGCUGCCAAGUACGGCGGCUACCUCACCUUCGCUGCCAUGUCUCCGGAGCGCGCCUCCGCCCCCGGGCAGCCCGACAUCGGCAAGCUGGUGGAGCUGUACGGCUACCGGCGGCAGGGCAGCCGUACGAAACUGUACGGCAUCAUCGGCAACCCCGUGUCGCACAGCAAGAGCCCGCUCAUACACAACACGGCGUUCCAGCACAUUGGCUACGACGGUGUGUACGUGCCGCUGCUGGUGGACGACCUGGGUCGGCUGCUGGGGGCGCUGCAGGAGCACCCGGACUGGGCGGGGUUCAGCGUAACCAUCCCGCACAAGGAGGCCGCCCUGCGCCUCUCCUCCUCCGUGGACCCCGUGGCCGCCCAGAUCGGCGCAGUCAACACGCUGGUACGGCAGCCCGACGGCAGCUACCGCGGCUACAACACCGACUGGCUGGCGGCCAUUGGGGCGAUUGAGCGGGCGGUGGCGGCGAGGGAGGGGGCGGCGGGAGCAGCUAGCAGCAGCAGUGUGGGAAGUGGGGAGCAGCAGCAGCAAGGGGAGGCUGGUGUGUCGCCGCUGUGUGGGAAGACGGUGGUGGUGAUUGGGGCGGGCGGAGCGGGGCGGGCGCUGGCGUUCGGCGCGGCGACAAAGGGUGCUCGUGUCAUAAUCGCCAACCGCAACCGCGAGCGGGCCGACCAGCUGGCAGCAGCACUCAACGCAGCAGCCGCAGCUGCAGCUGCCUCCUCCUCCACCUCCUCGGGCUCCUCCGAAACUCCCAUCGACACCGCCUCCGCCCCGUCUUCUUCUUCCUCUUCCGCCCCAGCAGCAGCAGCAGCAGCAGCAGCAGUUGCCGCCUCCUGCAGUUGGGAGGAGCUGGUGUCGGGGCGGGUGGUGGGCGACGUGCUUGCCAACAGCACCAGUGUGGGCAUGGCGCCGCGGCAGGAAGAGAGCCCGGUGCCGGCAGAGGUGGCGGCGCAGUUUCCCGUUGUGUUCGAUGCGGUGUACACGCCGCUGCACACCCGGCUGCUGCGCGAUGCGGCCGCCGGCGGGGCCACCCCCGUAGACGGGUUGCAGAUGUUUGUGGGUCAGGCGCUAGAGCAGUUCCGGCUGUUCACGGG